GCGUGCGUGCGUGCGUGGUAUUUGGGUCAAUUUGGAGCCAAUGUGAGCGACCCUUUGGUCACGUACUUAUUGGCCACUUGGCGAUUAUUGGGUACCGGCUGCAGCGACCGGCAAAUGCAAAGUAAUUGGUAAUCGAGGAGAUCGUUCAGUGCGGUGGUACGAUGACUCGGAGCAGAGUCGAGCUUUUCGCGUCGGUGCUUUUGAGCGCCGUGGCUCUGCACUCUUGUCUGCGAAUCGAGGAAUCAGGCAAUCCUCUCGAGCCACUGGGAGGCAGUGAAAUAGACCUCUCCUCGACGGAUAUUCUUAAAAGUGGUGGUAACGAAGUCAAUCGCAAAGUCGCUAAAAGAAUUGUUAGUUGGCCCGCAUGGGGAAAGGAAGGAGAUGAUGAUGAUGAUCGACCGUCUCUUCAAAAUCAAUCUAAACAAUCUGUGACAAAUCCAUCGGUCGAUCCCAAUUCGAAUCGCAAAAACAGCCAAAGUUCCGAUCCUUACGGCACUCGCGCGAGCAAAUUCAGCUCUAACUGGGCACCGAUUAACGAUCGUGAUCAUUCUUCGGCCGAUCACAGUUACGAUUUUCAUGAGCAGAAUCCGUCAACGUUGAGCGAAAGUGGGAAAUGGAUCGUCCUGAAUGGGCACGGGGAAUUUAAUCAGCAAGUUUCCUUGGAAAAAGAAGAUGGCGACGAGUGGUACGAAGGUGUUUCAAGUGAAAGUAAGAAGCCACGGAAGGAAAAACUGCCGAUCCAGACGAUCGAUCGCACGCAGCUCAACGUCGCCAAAAUCGAGUCGACGAGCGUCGGUGUCCAGUGUCCCACGACCGACGCAACCGGUCUCUACAUCUACCCACCGGACUGCAAGUUCUACGUCACCUGCUGGAACGGGCGCGCCUUCCUCCAGCCCUGCGCACCUGGAACGCUCUUUAGCCCCGAGACACUCGAAUGCGACUUUCCAAACAAAGUCAAGUGCUACGGCAGCAACGAGGCCGACAUCAUCGAUCCCACGGCUCAGGCGAAUGGAAAGCAAACGAAGGAGUCCGACCAAGACGAAACGCCUCUGACUUGUCCACUUUAUAUAAGUGGUACGAUAGCACAUCCUUCGGAAUGCACAAAGUAUCUUCAAUGUGUCAGUGGGAACACAUUUAUUAUGGAAUGCGGACCUGGAACAGUUUUCAAUCCUUCGAUAAACAUUUGCGAUUAUCCACGAAACGUAAAGGGCUGCGAAGGUUCGUUUAAACAUGCAAUACCUAAUGAAGAUACGGGGCAUACUAACGACGAUAGACUUUCAAAUCCACGCAAACCUUCACAGACGUUUCACGAUUAUCACCUCGAGACAUCGAACGAUGAUAAAUUGAUAAAAACAACCGACCGCUCUCAGCAAUCACGUCGUAAUUUUGAAUGCCCACCUGGCUUUUCCGGGCUAUUACCUUAUCCAGAUAAUUGUGAAAAAUUCCUACAGUGCGCAAAUGGAAUUACUUAUUCCAUGGAUUGUGGGAGUGGAACUGUCUACAAUCCAAUAACAUUGGUAUGCGAUUGGCCGCGAAAUGUCCCUGGUUGUAGUGAAGAAGGAAAUUUUACAGAAAAUUCGGCUUCGUCGCAGCCGUCAGCUGACCCUUCAAGUUACGAUCAAUCGAGCUUGGAUUCAAGGCUAAAUACAUAUCCGGCUGAUUUCGAACAGAGUCAAAAUACACAUCACCAUCAAAGUCACGGUAAUCGAAAUCGAUUGGAAUCAUCGUCAAGCUAUCACGACACUCCAUCGACCAGCAAUCAAGGCCAUCGCGAUAAUCAAGACAAUUUCGAAUCACCGGCGGAGGAAUGGCAGAACGAGAGAGGCCAUAAGUAUCACGAAACAUCGUCAAGCGCACUAUUUACUCGCGAGCCAAAUGCAAAAUCCUCAUUUAGUCAAUUGGAUACUGCCCAUGACUCGACAGACAAUCCAAACGAUCCGAAUUAUCAUUCAAAUUUUCAUCAGCGUCCACAGCGUCCCCACCAUCAAUAUCAUUCCGAUAAUGAUAAUGGCCAUUCGCGCGAGCAUCCUCACCGACAUCACCAUAAGCACGAGGCGCAUCGCAACGACGAGGUGGCAGAACAUCAUCCUAAUCAACAAUCACCGGAACAGCCGGAAUAUGAUUUCAAUGGACAUAGUUAUCCAUAUAAUGCGCCGAGAUAUAAUCAAGCUGCUCGAGAUAAUGCAGAAUCGUCGAAUGAUAAUGAAAAGCCCGGGGAUGGGGACGUAGACGAAAAGCGCGUCCUAGUGGCUGAAUCCGCCAGUGGAAAUUGGCCGACCACUUCUACCGCGCAACCUCGGAACACUUGGACACGCAGUCCCGUGGACAGACGAACUUACGGCCGCACGAAUGACAGGAGACUUUCGUUCGAUGACGGGAACUGGAGUCUACCGGAAUCCUCUGCAUCGGAGAAUUUUCGGCCAAGCACGUGGCGAGGCAUGGGACGAGGUUUUGAAAAACGGCCGAGUUAUCCAGUUAUUGAAUAUGUAGGUGCAAAUAGAGAUGCAACAAAUUUCGAAUAUGAAAGGGCGCCAAAUCCGAAUAUAUACAAUUUGAACAAUGGACAGUUACCGUUAAAUGUUAACUCGUUAGCUCAUAGGCAUGGAUCCGCUUCAGGUGUGAAACCAUCUCACAAUGCUAUAAUAAGCAAUAAUCGACCAAACAGAGUUUCUCUAAAUAAUAAUGGAACGAGAGGACAUUACAUUACGAAAAAUCUCACCAUAGAUCAAGGCCACUCAAGAACGAGAAAGCAAAACACGCAAACAUCUUUAGAACGAGAAAUACUAAAUGAUGAGGAUCGAUCUCAGAGCGAAUCCCAUCAUAAUACUCCCCCUACCAAACUUAAGGACUCUCAGGAUGAGAUUGAGGAAAGUAAGGUCGAGUCCAAAGUGAAAAACCGAGAAUUCAUAUACGUUCGUGCAUUGGAGGAUUCGAACGUUCCGACGGUAUCCAUCGAACUCGAGGAAAAUUGGAAUUCAUCGAUACCGAUAUUCAGCGAGACGACUAAUCAAAACGAAGACUCGCUCGAGAAGAAAGCUAAUGAAGAUAUUGAUUCGGAUGAAUUUACGGGAGCGGAAGAUUUUGCCGUAGAAAUUGAAACAACGGGAGAAGGUAAACAAUGGAAGCCUCGGCUAGUCUUUGAUAAUAAAAAUAAAACAAAGACGAAGGAGGAGGAGGAGGAAUCAGUGGUAAUGAAAAUCAAUAGCCACACGCCAAGCUACCUUUUGGAUGUCGAGCUAUCUCCUUUCCUAGAUGAAGAGCCGCCAUUCCCAACACACGACACAUUGUCGGCGACAGCUUCGUCGUUGAUUAUCGACGCCCACAAACCAGGUCAAAGUACACCAAUAUCCGGUCAGAUAAUACGUUUAAGGGGCGGAGAGAAUCCAUCCGAGGGUUACGUUGAAGUCCAUGGAGUUGACAUUGGCUGGGGAGUGAUUUGUGACUCUAGAAACGAAUGGAAUCUCAAAGAAGCUCACGUAGUCUGCAAACAGCUGGGAUACGGAAGGGGUGCAAUCACAGCUUGGCAAGGUCGUCCAAAAUCGUCCCAAACACCAAAAUGGAUAGCCGCCAAUUCCGUCGUAUGCCAUGGAAACGAAACUAGAUUCCAACUUUGCAGAUUCUCGCACAAAACCGAAUGCCAAUUGGAGCGAGACGCUAUAGCGGUGCGAUGCCUACCAAAUCGCGCGGCCCAUUGUCGCACGGACGAAGUGGCCCACAAUGGCCAAUGCUACCACGUGGCCCAGCCCAGCCAAGGGCUCAACCACGCCGAGGCCCACGACCACUGCCAGCGUCGUGGCUCCCGACUACUCGAUCUCCUCGAUCAACCGGAGAACGACUUCGUCUCGGAGCUCCUCGUUCAAAGCCAGCCCCAGGUUGAUUCGGUCAUGACCGCCGGCAUGGGUUUCACGACUUUCAACAUGUCCAUAUGGAUAUGGGAGGACUCGAGCGUCGCGAGAUUCAAGUUCAAUAAAUGGUGGCCCGGCUGGACGGGGGACAGAAAAAUGAUGCCGUUCGUAGGCCAUCGACCAGUUUGCAUUAUAAUGAGCCGCAAGUUCCCCUGCCACAAUCGUCCUGAAAAUAAAUGCAAGACCGACUAUUACUUCUGGGACGUCGAAGACUGCGCCAGCUCGAACAAAGGCCAUUCCUUUAUCUGCAAAAGGGCUUACGAUGAUAUUGGAUGCACAUAUGGAAAUGGUAAUCAAUAUUCCGGAAAUGCAAGCGUUACCAUGAGCGGUCGAAAGUGCUUAUCUUGGUCCGAUCCGGAAGUAGCGCACUCAUUGAUGUCCAAAGUACCAAACAGACCGGCUCGAGACGAACUGAGAGAUCACAAUUAUUGCCGAAAUCCAAAUCCGAGUAAAGAGUCGCGGCCCUGGUGUUUCACUGGCCCUCGAGGCGAAUACGAAUAUUGCGACAUCCCGUAUUGCGGCAAAAUACUGUCUAAAAACAGUCAUUUGACUGGGAAUUGUAAGCCAAAGCACUUUGAAUGCUUGCCUGGCGAAUGCAUACCGUCACCUUGGGUUUGCGACGGAGAAGAGGAUUGCACGAAUGGAGCUGACGAGAAAAAGUGCUCGUCCUACAUGAGCUUUUACAAAAAAAUAUCAAAGCAUAUGCUCGACGGCUACGACAUCGAGAAGUGGCUCAACACACCGGCGAAAACUUGCGCGUUGCGCUGUAAAGAGGCGGACUUCACUUGCCGUUCCUUUACCCACCUGAAGGAGGGCAACGUGUGCUACCUGUCGGACAGCAACGUCGGCAUGACCGGCGCCCUGGUCUCGAGCGACGAGCACGACUAUUACGAGAUGCGGGACCGUAGCCUCGACUGCGAGGACAUGUUCGUCUGUGACAAUCAGAAGUGCAUCAAUCGGACGAAGGUCUGCGAUGGCAGGAACGACUGCGUCGAUCGCUCGGACGAGCGGAUCUGCAGCGUUGAGAAUCUCGGCUACGCGAUACGACUCGCCGGGGCGAACUCGAGUCACGAGGGGAGGGUCGAGAUCAAGAUCUUGGAUAAAUGGGGUCAAGUUUGCGACGACAGCUUCGACAUGAUUGACGCCACUGUUAUUUGCCGAGAACUCGGUUACAGUCUUGGUGCUCUCGAAGUGCGACCGGGAGGAUUUUAUGGAAAUCUUAAUCCCCCCGAGGCUUUCAUGGUCGAUCAACUAAAGUGUCAAGGAAAUGAAACAACAAUAAGGGAAUGCGAUUUCGAAGGAUGGGGAAAGCACAAUUGCGAGCCGGAGGAGGCCGUCGGCGUGAUUUGUAAAACCGACAUUGACACCUGCCAGAAAGACAUGUGGAAGUGCGAUAAUGCAGAGGUAUGCAUCCCGACGCCAUUCAUAUGCGACGAGGUUCCCGAUUGCCCGGAUGGAUCCGAUGAAAGUCCGCUGCACUGCAACGUGCCAUUCGAGUUGCGCCUAGUGAACGGAACUAGUCCCAAGGAGGGCCGAGUUGAAAUUCGCCAUCAUGGAAUAUGGGGCACCGUAUGCGACGACGACUUCUCCAACGCCACGGCCAAAGUCAUUUGCCGUUCCCUGGGAUACGGCGGACCGGCGAUGGUGAAAAAAGAUGGAUUCUUUGGUCCUGGCACGGGUCCAAUUUGGUUAGACGAGGUGUUCUGCUUCGGCAACGAGACGCAAUUGUACCGCUGCGAGCACGACCAAUGGGGCCGUCACAAUUGCAAUCACAACGAGGACGCGGGUGUCGUAUGCACGUCUGGAGCCAUCCCCCCGGAGUAUGAGAAUGCCAAGGAGAUGAGAUCGGAGAAAGCGCUGCCCGAGCUGAACGCCAACGACCUGCUGCCGAGCGACUGCGGCAAGCGACCCGAGGACUUUGACGAAGACGACGAGCUCAUGUUCGAGAGGGUUGUGCGCAGCUCGAUCGCACCCCGUGGAUCCUACCCUUGGCAGGCGAGCAUUCGAGUGCGGGGACACAGCAAAUCGAGCCAUUGGUGCGGCGCUGUCGUGCUCUCGCCACUCCACGUGUUAACGGCUGCGCACUGCCUUGAAGGUUACAACAAGGGCACGUACUUCGUGCGCGCCGGGGAUUACAACACGGAGGUGGACGAGGGAACGGAAGUCGAGGCAAACAUCGAGGACUAUUACGUGCACGAAGACUUCCGCAAGGGCCAUCGCCUGAACAACGACAUCGCCGUCGUAUUGCUGAAAGGCCGGGGUAUUCCACUUGGUCGGCACGUGAUGCCGAUUUGCCUGCCACACGAGAAUAUCGAGUACCCGCCAGGAUUAAAUUGCACCAUCAGCGGCUUCGGUAGCAUCGAGGCUGGCUCAUCCGCGCACUCGCGAAAGCUCAGGUUCGGCUGGGUGCCACUACUGGACGAAUCGACAUGCAAGGCGGAUUACGUCUACGGUCAAGCCUCCAUCACCGAUGGGAUGAUUUGUGCGGGACACUUGAACGGUGGACCUGACACUUGUGACGGUGAUUCUGGAGGACCAUUGGCUUGCCCCUUUAAUGGUGCUUUUACUUUAUACGGCCUAACUAGUUGGGGACAACACUGUGGACGAGCUAAUCGACCAGGAGUUUACGUUCGAAUUGCACAUUACAGAACUUGGAUCGACGAAAAAAUUAAAGAAUCUCUGAUGGGCAGAUAAACUUACUAGCAUACGUAGCUCACAUACAUUACAUAUUUUGCGAAUUAUAAAAUAGCAAUAAUUUACCGUCGGUAGUGCCUAGUUUUAUAUACCCAUAUUAUAUCAAUGAUCAUUCAAAGCAAUUUUUG